AUGACGACUGCCAUCCGCAGGUUCGUCUGGAACUCUCGCCCAACCCGAAUAAAAAAAUCAACCCUGGAACUACCAAAACUGAUGGGGGGCACGGGACUGCCCUCCAUAGAGACAUAUUACCGCGCCGCUCACCUACACAGACUGACGGACUGGCACGCACAACACCCAUCAAAACAAUGGGUGACCAUUGAGCUAGAACAAACCGAUAGAAAAAUACCCGCUAGGCUUUGGCUACAUACAGCCACAUACACUGACCUGCACACCGAGAACCCACUAAUUGACGCAACGCUCCGAGUGUGGAUAGCUAUACGCUACCGACUGCAACUCACAAGUUCUCCUAGCCCCUUGACACCCAUCACACAUAACCCAGACCUGGCCGAUGCUCUAACCCCACAAGACCUAGCCGGCCUCCAGCAG